AUGCCGAAACUUCAAUACCCAUACAUUUGGGCAUUUUGCGCUUUCGCUGCACUCGGCGCAUGUCAAUAUGGCUACGACGCAGGCGUCUACUUUUCGGGUAUUCAAGCCAUGUCGACCUUUGUGCGGCACUUUGGCGACAAGCAGCCCGAUGGUACCUAUGCAAUCUCUGCUUCUGACUUAUCGAUCAUGAGUUCGAUGAUCAACGUUGGAGAGCUGGUUGGCUCCCUUGGAGCCGCCCCUAUAAACGACUUCUUCGGACGAAAGGGUGCAUUCCUCAUCGCUGCUAUCGUCGCCAUCGUUGGCACGGUACUUCAGGUGAUCACAGAUCAUGACCAGGGAAUAAUCAUUGGUGGACGAGUUAUACUGGGCUUGGGCGUCGGUAUCUUCUCGUCUACAAGUCCUCUUUAUAUUGGCGAGAUCGCACCUACUGCCAUUCGAGGCCCUCUGCUUGGCUGCUGGCAGCUUGUCCUUUCGAUCUCUCAGAUCAUCGCAGCUGUCAUCAACCGAGGCACGGAAUCUCUCACAUCCACGGCCUCUUACCGUGUUCCCACCGCUGUACAGCUCAUUUUUCCAAUCCUCAGCCUUACCCUCCUCUACUGGGUUCCUGAGUCGCCUCGCUGGCUCAUGCGCCAUGAGAAAACCGAACGCUGCGAUGCAGCUCUCCGUCUCCUCCGCAAAGACGACAAGACCUACGAGCCCGACGUAGACAUGAUUACCAUUCGCGCUAGCAUCGAGCACGAGGCUGAGCUUUCCGCAGAUUCGAAGUGGACGGACUUAGUGACAGAUCCGAUUGAGCGUCGCAAAGUUAUUUUCAGCGCUGGAGCUCUUGUCGCACAGCAGAUCAACGGUAUCCAGUGGUUCUACUACUUCGGUACGGUGUUCAGCCAGGCUAUUGGACUCGACGAUCCAUUCCUUAUGACGAUUAUCGUCUUCGUGAUCCAAGUCGUCACUGUCUUUGCAGCGGUCCUCUGCGCUAACAAGAUCCCGCGACGCCCGCUACUGCUAUCAACCACGUUAGUCAUGAUGGUGAGCAUAUUCAUCGUUGGCUGCUUGGGUAUUCCUGGGGGCGAAGUGAGCGGGACGAGCGGCAAAGUCAUCAUUUCGUUCGUCAUCAUUGAGAUCACCGCUUUCAAUUUCGCGUGGGGGCCUUUGGGCUGGACGAUUGCUUCCGAAAUGGCUGUCGGACGCAACCGCAAUAAGAUCUACGCUAUUGCCGUCGCGUGCUUCUGGGUCACGGUCUGGGUCACGGUCUUUACGCUGCCCUACCUCUACUACUCGGCAAAUCUUGGUCCGAAGACGGGUUUCGUAUACACAGGGCUAUGUUUCAUCACUCUGGCGUACGUAUGGUUCUGCGUUGGGGAAGUGACGGGUCGCAGCAUGGAAGAGAUAGAGGGAUUUUUCCGGAACGGCGUGCCUGCGCGUCAGUGGAGUCAGCAGCCAAAGAUGACUGGGUUCGACGAAGAUGUACAAGUACAUGUCAGCGACAAGGAAAAGGAAGUUAUGCGGAUGCAGCAGGAGAGGAAUGAGGUUUAG